CCGAAUUAGCAAUAUUAAUUGCGCUAUCUAAUAAUCGUAUUAGGCUAAAAGAAGGAUUAUCGGUUUUAUUACCCUUGUAUUUUAUCUAAGGGUGGUAAAACUUCCUAACGCGAUUUAGCAUACAGCUACAACACGCGUGCGUAUACAUGCACUGCAUUUAUUUUUAAAUAAGAAAUGUUCACCCAGGAGCUAGUUAUCUGUAUGGAAGACGAUUUGUUUACCUUAAUUUAAAGCUCAUUAACAGGCUAUUGUACUAACACUUGCUUUGGCUGCAUAUUCCUCAUAUAUUUAACAUGAAAUAUGUAUCAAAACUUUCCAAUAUCUGUUAGAAACAUAGUGAAUGAACUCUGCUUUGUUUUCAGAUAAUUUAAAUAUCUUUUGUUAUCUUUUAUAGCACCUCCAUGCAUCUCUUGUUCUUUUCUCUAAAACAUCACUUGCCUUGCUUUCAUCGUCUGUUUCUCGUACCGUGCCUAAAUUGGCAUUUAUUCGUUGAUAUAUGUGAACAGAGAUCGUGUUUCUCGAUCUACAUCAAUUUGAGUUAUUCCAGAGGKGUCCUGGGGGUCAUAUUCUCCAUCAACAAGUUUCCUUCCCUCCAAUUAACAUACAAAUUACCCAGACGCUUUUUGGUUCUUUGGAGUGAAAAGYCUUCAUAAGUKUUAAGUCAGASAGCUAGUCUUCUUACCAACCACUUCAGUGAACACGUCGCACUUCAGAAGAUACAUGUCUAUAUGCUUAGGUCGAACAUCUUGUACACAUCUCCCUAGAGUAUAACAUGGAUAGGGUAGCUAUUUGAUCAAUGUUCAACCACUCAGAGUUUAACAUAAUUAUAUAGCUUAUAUAUAGUUGAAUUAUAGCGCAUGUUCAGAUUUGGGAAACCAAACACAACCAAAACGUCUAUCAUUGACCUCUACUUGUGCAACAAGAUUCCCUUGCAGCUCAAUUAAAGGAGACUGAAAGAGCGUGAAGUUAAAUGCUAAUGUCAAGGCCAGAUCUGCAGUGUUUCGAUAAAAAGUUUAUAAAGUCUUAAGAGCCAGUCCGUCAUCCACAGUAACCACGUGUAUAAAUAGGCUACUGAAUUUGUAAUGCAAAUUGUGCCAAUUCUUAGCUUGCCAUAAAUAAGUGUUGAAGACCAACUAUACCUAAAACAUCACCAAUAUUGUAUAUAUCAUAUACACGAAAGAAGUCUACUAGCAUCAAGUCUGCACAUUACGUGGAGUUUAUCGAGGGCUUGUUAAAGCWAUGUCAUGCCAGCAGCGUGAGUUCUUGAUAGAGAUCAAACCAAUUUAAAACACAUUAGCGCAAAAGGGUCGUCAAGAAUUUGUCACUGCUUGAGUUGGGAAUGCACUGCUUAAUCCUUCUUGAGUCUCGCUGCAUACAUUGCUAAGGAGACACACUACAGAGCAACGGAAUGGAUGACAUUCUUAAAGCAAGCAAAACGUAAUAGAAAAGAUGUGAAGCGUGAAGCUGUUGUAUUGGCCUAUUAGACCAACGUUUAAGCUCCUGAACUCAAGUAUUUGUGUAAAACAGUUGUCGAUAAGAUCUACAAUGCGGUGGUUGCGAUUUUUUACUUCUUGGACGUUUAUCCUGGGAUGGACAUGGCUUUUUCGUGUUGUGAAUGGUGACCUAGUUAUAAUACGUAAAGUCAACAAAAAAGACAACUACCACAAGGACAGAUUCAACAUACGACGAUCAAAAUGCAUAGACAUUAGGCAAGGGAAUAAGUGUGGAUUUUACGGAGGAUUUGAACGUUCUCCUAAUAAUCCUUGCAAAUGUCACUGUCCUCCUAGAAGAGGGACGAUUAUUAAGAGAAAUAAACGAUGGAGGUGUACAAGUAAUGAAGUCUUCAGGCAACGAGAAGGUUGCGGAAUUUAUUUGUUGUACGAGUCUUCAGACUCUUUUGUAAAAAUCCUGAGUGGCACGAAAUGGCAGUCUUUCCAUGCAGCUACUUCAGGAUGCAACGUGAAGCGAAAAAAAUCAAGUUAUCUAUCCUGCAAUGGCUCUUGGACAAUAGAUCCRUAUAUGGGCAAAUUUGUGGAYUUUUUAAGAAAAGGAUUUGAUCAGGUUGCCAGGGGAUACGCUUACCAAAUACGAAUAAGAAGAAGUCCAAUUUUGGAGGGAAAACUUAUUAAACUACAUUUAAAAUGCUCUMCAUUUGGUGGUAAUCCAUGCCUACUAGUCAAAAUGAAAGGAAAACAAAACUGUUAUAAAAGGAAAAAAUCGAUCAAUCGAAUUCAACUCAGAAAGAACUUCAAAAAGAAUGCUCAUCUUUUCUUGCUGCCAUCGCUGACUUCAACAUCGAAUCCACUAUUUGUCUCAACACAUGAUUUUACAAACUUGACACAAAAAGUUUCUGGUCAACUCGAGAGUAAUCUGACAGAAACGCAGGGAGGUUCAUUAAGAACAGAAGACAUCGAAGUAACGACGACUAUAUUAACAAUAACAGCUGCCUUGCUGGGCCUUAUAGUAUUGGGACUCGCAGUCAAUUUAUUUUGCAGUUCGGCAAGACAAGAAACAUUUAAAGAAAAGCAUAUCUUCCGGCGAAAAAAACAUCAUCGCAUUUUAGGUCCUCACAGACUGCGAACCUCUUCUGACGUCACAUCAUCAUCGCAUUCAAUAUCCCACAAUGUGGAGGUGUCAUCACAAAAAUCUGAAAGAUUUUCCGUUUCUACUUUGUAUGAAACAGACCAUUAUGACUCUAAACAUGCUAUUUCUGCUAAUAUUGCGCAUGGAGGUGUUUCGUGAAAAGACACAAUAACGGAAUUGUAUUUCCGUGACUACAUCGACAAGGCAUCCGGGACUUGMACAUUUCCUAAUAUGGUGAAAUUUCAGCAAAAGUCCUUUGUAGAUAUACUAUAUCAUACUUUGCAAUGAUAUAAAAGGACUGCAAAUGCAGCAAAUAGUUUUAGGAUAUAAACCAACAAUAGACAAUGUGCAGUGAAGCCAUUUUGUGCAGCAAAGCAUAAUGGUAGUUGACGUAGUCCUCGUGGUUUUCAUAGCACCUAAAAUAUCUCCUUAAAAGACAUUUUUAACUUCGAAUUAGACGACACAACUUUUGCCUAUAACCAUCGCAUGUAUCAUGCACACGUCAUCCUUACAACUGGGAGGGCUACAACUGUCGUGGGGCUAUUAAGCAAUCGUUUUAAAUCUCUACAACAUUUGUAGUCUUUACAGUUUCUCUUCAGGAACGUCACAAGUCACAAAUACGUAUAAAAAAACGUUAAAAACAGGUUAGGACCGACGACUAUUUCAGUCGCGGACAUAAAAAAGUGCGAAGACUAUAACUUCCAUCAUGCUUUGCUACACAAAAUGGCGUCACUACACAUUGCCUAUUAAUUAUAUCCUUUAUUCGAUAGCUGAUCACAUGAAUUACCAAAAACAUAUACUCGCGGUUUUAGAGUCGUUUAUUUGGUAGAACGAAUUAUCAUCGAUUUCAUAAGGAUCAGGAACAUUGUUAUAUAUCACAAUACAUAUCAUAAGACACUAAAUAGUGCUAAGGCAACCCUCGAACAAUCAUCGAUUCUAUAUCGAACGAAUAURUAUAUCGUUUGGUAGAAAAUAAUAGGAAAUCAUUCUCCAAAGGAAAA